AGCACUUGCAAAACAAGAAGAAGAAGAAAAUGAAAACGGAGUGAAAUGUAACGCACACCGAACGGAGAAAAAUCGAGUCACCGUGUCGUGCUAAUUUUCUAAGGUGGUCACCCUUUCCUGCACACGGAAAUACACGGUUCGGAACGGGUUAUCGCGGGUGGUGUUCUGUGUUCCAGCUAACGAACGGGCCACAACCCAACUUGACAACUAAUUCGCUGGCCGACCACACGUCUUGGUCCGAUUCUAAAUGGAAUAUUCGCCGUCUUUGUGGAGCGCGAGUGUGACCGUUUGAACACAGACAGGCAAAAGAUUGAUGGUAUGGUCUUCUGCGUCCGAUAAACGUCGUGAUUUCGAUGCGGCAUAUCGCUAUUAUCCUGGUUCCGUUCCCCGAAGAGCUAUCAACAUCAUACAUGUACGACGGAUGCUCCCGAGGCGAGGAAACCGCAGCUGGCCGAUGAACAAAACUGUCACCAGAGCAAAAUUAUAUUCCAACGGUUGCUAUGCAGUUGCAAUCUUCUUCGAUGCAUCGUAUGUUGCCGGAAAAACGGUCUGUGCAAUGCUAAACAUGGGAAUCAUCUGCAAGGCUCAUAAGAUCAUCAUUUGAAUGCACUAGAUUGAACGAUCAGCCGUAAAAUAUUUCUUACAAUACGCGUGCGAAUAUUAUAUGCACUAUUAGAGACAAUAGAAUCUAUUAAAAAUAGAGAAUUUAGUAAAUUAUUUACUUUUCUAUUUUAUGGCAUAAAUUCGAUUUUAUUAAUUAAGUAUUGGCUACGAUACGUUUCGUUUGCAGGUCGUUUUGGAAUGUUUGGAAUUUAAAUUAGCCGCUCGAAUCCAUCGUUCGCUCGAUUUUCUCUUAAACCAUCCAGCAUCGCAAAACGCGACCAUUCAGUGCAAUGUGAAUGUGUGUUAGUGAAGGAUACGGUCCUUGAAUCCUUAAUGGCGCAACGUUGAGAUAAGCAAAGUGUGUGUUGUGUGCAAACGUGUGUCGUGUUUUAUUCACUGGCGCACAUUUAUUUUGUGUUAAUUUUAUUUACUAUUUAUUUAUUAACGGCGAUCUGAUCCGUUCUGUGUGUGUGUGCUUGUAUCGUGUCGUGCCAUUACCGUGCAUCUUUUAUUGUUCCAAAAAUAUGUCCAACAGUGCGACGAGUGUAAUCGGUUAAUGUUUUUAAGUGUAUCUAUUUGCGGCAAUUUACAUGUGCAUGUGUACAUACGCGAAUGAUUGUGGUGUUGCAAUUUUAAGUGUUCAAUAUCGUUUUGUAUUUCGAUGGGAAAAUAAGUUCCCCCGGAUGAAUGUAUAGCGGUCAAUCGGUUAAAAUUGCUCUAAGGCCACCGUUUUGUAUGUGCGUGUGUAUCGUAUGAAAAUAUAGAAAAAAGUAUUAAAAGUGUUAAAAGUAGCAUCAAAAGUCAUAAAGUAAUAUAAUAUGGUCAUUUAAUCAAUAAAACAAAUUGAAAGUGAAAGAAUUUGGCAGUGUGAAACAAAAGAACAGCACCAAAGGUUAAAUAACAGGCGUUUUAUUAGAGAAAGAAGCGCCAUAAGUCUCCAAUCUUUUUCCUCUCAGAUCGUGGAGAGUAAAAUUUAAGGAACCUCUAAACCAGCGAACAACGGUGCAUUAUGUCUAGCGAAGAGGAUAAACCUCCGGCACCGCCUGUUCGGUUGACAAGCAAUCGGGGUGGUGGCGGAGGUGGUGUUGGCGGUGGCGCAGGUGGGGGUUCAGGAGUGGUCGAUCGGAUCGAUGGUGUUGCUCCGGUUGAUAUGAAACCAUUGCCAAAAGAACCGGAAGAUGCCGAUCGCAAGAAGAAAACGCUCAAGAACAAAAUCAAGGUUUCGAAGGCGUCCCAUAACGAUUCCAAACCGAAUAUAUCCUAUCCGACCAAUUUCGAGCAUACGGUCCAUGUUGGGUUUGAUGCUGUGACCGGAGAAUUUACGCUGCCUUUGAAAGGUAUGCCAGAGCAAUGGGCGCUGAUGUUGAAGAACUCGAACAUUAGCAAGCAGGAGCAGAAGAAAAAUCCUCAGGCCGUGUUGGACGUGCUGAACUUCUUCGACAACAGCAACAAACAGCGGCCUAGCUCGAAAUAUAUGACCCAUGGACUGCACACUACGACACACUCGGCAUCGUCCAUAGGGUCGUCGCUGAGCCGGGUAAGCAGCAGCAGUCCCAGCAGCACACCAACCGACUCGGAAUCGCACGGUGGCCCCGGGGCGCAAAUCAUCUCGAGCAGCCAUUCGCAGGCCUACAGCCUUGGUCUGUCGUCUCACAAUUCGGCCGGUGAUCAUGACAGCGACGAACUGGGCAUACUCAGUGGCAGCGCCAGCGGAAGUAUCAGCGGCAACGGGAUACCACCACCGAUCGCCAGCCGCCCCGAACGGACCAAAUCAAUCUAUACACGCCCGAUUGAUGAUCCGAUCUCACCGCCAAUACCUCCGCAUUUGAGCGCCGGGGCGACACACCAAUCGCUGGCGAGUUCCGGCACCGUACGCAGUCCAACACAAUUUGACAAGAACAAGAACUCGGUCAACGCGGCAUCCGCACAAACGAUCAGCAGCCUAGCGGGUACAGCGGUGACCGUUCCGAGCCAACAGCUGCCUCAGCAUUUGCACCACCAUCAUCAACACCAAGCUGGCAACAAUGGUCUCAGCAAUGACAGCACCUCGGUGGUGGCAGUCGCCGCAGCAACGGCAGCCGCAGGUGCUAUACCUGCACCGAACAACGUUAACAACGGUACCAACCUCAACAACAGUACGACGACGACAACUCCGGGCGCUACGAUGCAACAGCGGGCCGCUAACUUGAAGAAGAAGAAAAUGUCCGACGAAGAGAUCCUGGAAAAGUUGCGUACGAUCGUGAGCGUGGGCGAUCCGAAGCGGAAGUACAACAAGAUGGAAAAGAUCGGCCAGGGCGCCUCCGGUACGGUGUAUACGGCGAUCGAAAGCUCCACCGGUAUGGAGGUUGCGAUCAAGCAGAUGAACCUCAGCCAGCAGCCGAAGAAGGAACUGAUCAUCAACGAAAUUUUGGUAAUGCGGGAGAACAAACAUCCGAAUGUGGUGAACUACCUGGACAGCUACCUCGUGUCGGAAGAACUGUGGGUAGUGAUGGAAUAUCUGCCCGGUGGUUCGCUGACGGAUGUCGUAACGGAGACGUGUAUGGACGAGGGCCAGAUAGCGGCCGUAUGUCGCGAGGUCCUGCAAGCGCUUGAAUUUCUCCACAGCAAUCAGGUCAUUCAUCGGGACAUCAAGAGUGACAACAUACUGCUGGGUUUGGACGGAAGUGUCAAGCUGACCGAUUUCGGAUUUUGUGCCCAGAUCUCACCGGAACAAUCGAAGCGUACGACCAUGGUCGGUACCCCGUACUGGAUGGCACCGGAAGUGGUCACUCGCAAGCAAUAUGGACCGAAGGUUGAUCUCUGGUCGCUAGGCAUUAUGGCGAUCGAAAUGAUUGAGGGAGAACCACCGUACCUUAAUGAGAAUCCACUGCGUGCGCUUUAUCUGAUCGCGACGCACGGUAAGCCGGAGAUUAAGGAGAAGGAGAAACUUAGCACCGUCUUUCAGGAUUUCCUCGAUCAGUGUCUGGAGGUGGACGUUGAUCAGCGUGCUACGGCAUACGAACUACUUAGGCAUCCCUUCUUGAAACUAGCCCGACCGCUCGCUAGUCUAACGCCGCUCAUCAUGGCCGCCAAGGAAGCAACGAAGGGCCACUGAAAGCGGGAGGACGUCGUUCUACCAUCGGCCACCGUUGGGACCGACGUAACUGAUGGACCUUCCUGCAGUCGUGCUGCCGAUGCUGGUAUGGUGGCUGGCACUGUCUGCAGUCCAUCGCCACUCACUUCCAGCAGCGAGCUAAACGGUAGCAGCAGCAGCACCGACCACCACACCGGCAGUGAGUCAAAACGUGAUAAUCCCAGUAUGGCCAACGUACUGUUGCCGUCCAUCGAUAACAACAGCUGCUAGUUUUUUCGCGCAUGCCCUUUGCCGCUUCCGUACCCGUGGGAACAUGUCGGCGGAUCUCUUGUGCAGUGCAUAAGUGACGAAAAGAAUGCGUUAAGUGUUAAGUAAUGCAACGUUACUACCGUUACGUUACUCUCCAGUUUACGGGCAUCUGGUUGCACGUGUAGUGUCGCCGGAGGGUGAUAACACAACACAAAAGCACCUACAAACGCAAAGGACUGAAGCGAAUAGAAACAAAAAUGAACGAGUACAGCUUGUAUAUAGUGAAAAGGAAUGGUUUCGAUGCCGAAAACAUUGAUUCGAAUUUGACAACAAAAAAAAAGAAACAAAAAAACAAAACUAUUCAGUAAGCAAACAAGUGAAAACGCAAAGGGUAAACAAAGUAAACCUGCGUAGUCAAAACCAUUACUUUUAGUUUUGGGUAAACAUUAAAACAGAAAGAAGACUAAUAUUUAAUAUAUAGAUGAAUUAUUAAUUAGAUGCCAGCAGCGAAAGCACACAGAAAAGAGAAAAAGAAAACAUUGAAAGACCGCUAGAAGGUAGAACAAUGGAGAACCGAAACACAAUAAAAAAACACACACAAACACACACACAUCAAAUGUAUAAGAUCAAUGGAAAAGGGCGAUGCAAUCGGUAUAAGGAUCAUGGUUGCGGAUUGUAUUUGCAUCUAGAAGCAGUCGUAGCAAAAUAUAAAAUAUUAAACACUACACAACCACAAUAAGAUGGCAGAGAUGUUAAUCCAUUUAUGGAAGCGCAUAGUGAUAGUUUCUAGCCACACAAACACACACACAGACAUACACUAUAGAGCAGUCGGUAUUUUUGUGGAAGCUCUAGCAAUCGAUAGAACGUGCAUACUGUUGUAUCAGAGACGAAGGCACUAGCAUAGAAGCAAAUACAUACACACUCAGAAACUCCUUUUUUGCUUUCUAGACGAUCUCUAGUGUGUUAUAGCAACAAGUAACAACAGGUGAAAUUAGACGGGAAAAUCAUAUGCACACAACCUACACAUAUACAAUUAAACAUAUAUAUGAGACGUAUAUUGAUGCUCAUGGAGGACAUCGUGCAUAUGAAAAAAUCAACGGCCGCAACGACGUGUAAGCGGAUGGUAAUGAACCAUUGUAUAGUGUAUAUAAAUAGUACAAAACAAAACAAACAAAAACAUUACUUUACUACAGACGAAUGGCUUAACAUAAACAUGUGAAAUCAAUACUAACAAAACUGGAAAACAACGUAUAAACGGAACGCAACAGCAAGGUAACAUAUAUGCAAAUGAAAGAGAAACGGUAAACUCGACGAUGUGAUGUGGUUAAAUUAUCUAAGCGGUUCAUCCGAUUCGAAUGUAAGAUCUUCGUUUGUAGAGAUGAACGCGACUAACAAAGCAAAACUCUAACAAAGAAGAAAUUCUUCCAAAUUAAAUGAAAACAGUCAAACAAACAGUGGAUACACACACACACGUUCAAUCUAGGAUAAAAUCAUUCACCAGGAUAUGAGCACACAAACAAAAAAAACACACAAAUAAAGCGAUUAUAAGUGGUGCAAACAAAGUGGAGUAGAAGAUGAGGGAAACAUUGGAACAGAAGAACACAAAACAUAGAAAACACAAAACCACAGCACGCAAUGUAAACAAAAGAAAAGAAACAACAAAAAACAGAACACAACCAAAUGCAAAUGAAAAGUGAAAAGUGCCUACAGAGAAACAAAACAAAACAAAAUGCAACAGAAAGGAGAAACCCCAACAAUUGUGUACACAUACAUAUAUGACCCGUUUGUGUUUGUGCAUGUUUUGGGCGGGUUGAUAAGCGCAUCUACAUCUGUAUAUUCUCUUUUCGUGCAAAAAGGCACGCAAAUGUAUAGUCAAUGGUUCUUUUUUGGUGCCGCGCUCUGUCUUUGAAACGUUUAAUUGAACAUCAAGUGGAAAAUGAAAAUUGCCGAAACGGCCGAAACUGAAUAGAUGUGUGCACAACAAAGCCGUUUCAAUUCCCAACAGUUACUUCUUUUGUACAUGCGCAUGCAAAAUAGCACGUAUGAAUUAUGCACUCACUCAACUCGAUAAGCAAUCAAUGUAUCAGGAGCAGAAGCAAAAGAUAUGGUUUGUGUCUGUCAGCUUAGAUUUUUGCUUGUGUUACUACUGCUGUCCACACCGUAAUGAUGGAGGUAGAAGGUGCUUAAACCGUUUCGCACAUUUUCUCACGCGAAACGUAAUAAUAUCGUACGGAGGAGAUCAGCUUCAGCCAAUUCCAGGUCGAACCGUUGCAAAACAAAUUGCAUUAAAUGGCGGGAAGCACUUUCGAACAGGCACAGACAAACAAAUGGACGGCACAAGCACACAAGCUACACAAAGUAUUAUCAUACAUUAACUAAAACAUAACACAGCCACAGACAGGAACAGGAACAAACGCUACAUAAUGAAAUGAAGGCCUGAAGCGGAUACUCUAGCACGACUGCAGACGUUACUACAUUACGUCUGGGCGCUAUAGGAAACACAUAUGGAAGCGGAAAAGAAAUACUACACGAACGUUUUGCGUUCUAACGUCCGACCUAAUGGUUCGUCGUGUUGUGAAUGAACCUUCGUUACGCGUUAUCCGUACAAAACACGGUAAAUACUAUCGUGCUGCGUUCCUUAUUAUGUUGCAUUUCCUCAUCCUCAUGUAUAGGUAUAGUUGCGUGUGUAUUUUGUUUGUACGAAGAACAUUAGCGCGCUGCUAAAUAUGGUAGAAUUAAUUUAUAUUUCACUCCUUUUGCUAAACGACUCAACAUCUCUCUUUUCUGUGCGGAUGUUUCGCUUACACAAUCAUGUACAGAGUAAAGAAGCUGCGUAUAUAGUUUUGUGCUACACUUAUUUCCUAACUCCUAAGAUACAUCCAUACUAUUAUACUCGAUUGUGUAGAAGGAAGUGGGAAGAGGCACUUUUGGUUGGUGAGUUUCUAAUUGCUCGACAAUAAAGAAGAAGGAGGAUUUAUCGUUACUGCAAUAAGUAAAAGCAAAAGAAGCAACAGAAGAGUAAAAGAACACAUCGUUACAUCGUUGACAUCAUCAGCUAGUUACAGAGCGGAACUAUUUUCACCAGCAUUCGUUGUUCCAUCCUUCCGAUGAGCUUCUGCUACAGUCAUCUAAUGUUUAAUGAGUUAAUGCGCACACACAAACACACACACACACUGUGAAAGGGAAGAAGAAGGACCCGUUUAAUGAGGAAGCAAAAUGAUAUAAUUUUCGUCACAAAAAAAAAACAAAAUGUAUUAUAACGUACGAAGGGGGCGAUAAAGUUCCCAGUAACGAAAGGAACAGGCGGGGAACAAAACGAAAGAUGACAAAACAAAACAUGAAUAAACAAUUUACAUGCAAAAACAAAACAAAAAACAUACUCCUCUCACACUAACUAAAACACACAAACAUAAAACAUGCUGAAACACACGUUAGUAACAAAAGAAAUUCAACAAAUGCCAUACCAUGGGUCUUUUUAUUUUAAUUUGUGGCGUUCAUAUGGGCGAAUGGAUCAAGGGUUGUUUAAGCAUUUAAUAAGCAUUGAAAGAUUGUUUUUCUCUGUUAGAAAAUAUCAACCACCAUAUAAUUGUGGAAAUAUUAUCUGGUUAGGUUUUUUUUGGAGGGUCACAAGAAUAAAUUGUAAUUCCGUGUAUUCUCAACUCGUAAUAGACGACUCAAAUUUAUUCCACCAAAUGUAGAGCGUCUCCUAUGUCCGACAGAUAUUGCUUUAUUGGAGUACAGAAGUUAAGGCUAAUGCUCGUGCAGGAUAUCACAAAGUGUUUGUCUGAAGUUCGCUCUUUUUUAGCUUGAACUCCACAUACUCCAAUACUUUCCACAUUUUUAAAGACUCCUGCAAAUGAUUGACUUGUGUCAGAACAUCCUGUUGCCCCAAGUUUUUGUUAAAUAAAAAGAAUUUUUUUAUAUAAAACUUUUCUUAAACGCCAUGAAAUAAUUUUAAGAUUUAAUGCAUAAAACAAUAGGCGCUCACAACUCUCGCAAACACCGUAUGCAAAUCGCUUUUCCUAGAGGUGUGGGGAACUGAUUUUUGUGACGUGAAUGCAAUUUUCAUUUUUAUUUCCAUCGAUGAAAGGAAGAAUGCAAACAAAUGGUGAUAUAGAAAAUGUUUCCAUCUCAUUAUAACAGAACAAUCCAAUUUGUUGUGUGUAAAGCGCUUGCAUAGAAACAUUAAAACAAAAGCUGCUUAACUAUCGAGAACGUAUUUAAGCACCUACCCCUUCCCUUUUCAUACUUUUAUUAAGAAGUGUAUAACCCUCGUUCAAUGCUGAAGUACCGUUAGAGAGAAGCAUAUAAAUGUGUAAUGAAUGAAUAACAAACAAAAUUUCGUUUCAUUCAAAGGUUAAUAUAUAAUGGAAGGAAAGACGAAAACAAACAGAAACAAACAGAAAUUCUCCAACAAAACCAUACACACCCACACACAAUAAACAAAUGUUAUGUUAUAAAAAACAAUGAAAGAAAUAAAAGAAACAUGCAUAUAUAAUAAAAUAAAACAAACAAAUGAACACCGUGUUGUCAGGUAGUUAGUGAGUGAAAAAAAAACAUAUUAAAGUUUAACACGGAAACUACAAAUCCUGAUUAGCUGAUUGGCGGAAGAUGGGACAGUAUCGAUAAGCACAGGAAAUGCGUUUAGCGGUGUACGCUUACGCUUAAAAUCGAAUCGAAGAGGGCGAGAAAGUAUAAGAAUAACACCUAAAUAACACAUGUAUAAUUAUGUAAAGUGAAACUUAGCACAGAGCAGUACAGCGGGAUAGUAGGAUAGAACGAAUGAAGACACAACAAUGGGUGGAAUGGGAUUUGGAAAGAAAGAGAGAGAGAGAAAACAGAACAAGAAAGCUAUAUAACAGAAGUGAAAAGAAUGAAGGCAAAAUAAAGAAAACAUUUUAUACGAUA